AUGCAUUCCAAGCGUAAACUUGCAGCACAGUCCAAAGCAAAGGCGUUGAGGGAGCUGCAGCUUGUCGUCUUGGGUGUCCAGAGUACGACGACAUAUGAUGUUGUGCUUGCUACAAAGAUGCACUUUGCAGCUGAAGCGCUCAUGGGUAUUGACACUAUGUAUCAUGCGAUCCACGCAUUUGGUCUUGCAGAAUUGCUCAAGUCCGGCACAGUUUCUGAUGUCGACGAUGAGCACUUUUGGAACUUGAUUGACAAUACGUAUAUCGAUGAUGUCAAUGAAGCCAUGCUUGCAGGCCGCAAGUCAGUAUACGAUAAUGAUUUCUACCUUUCAGCAACAUAUCCGCCGCCUAUUGACUCUACUACAAUACUGCUAUCGGCUACUCAACGAGCAUCGAUAUCAACCAUGCAUGUCUUCAUCCAAUGUCCUCGCGCAGUCUACCUGAUACGACAUGCGAUCCUGAAUCCCGAUGAUGCAGGCGCACUUGCAGCGGCCGUGUCCCACAUGGAGUCUUUGAUUCAAGUCGACCUCUCACAGCACGUUUCCGAACUGAUGCAAGCAGCUGUAACAGUCGCCGCUAUCCCACCUUGUCCAGAGAUCGCCGAUAUAAUGCCCAACACGCUAGAGUUCGACUGUGUGCAAAGCAUGAUACUAUGCACGCGAUACUGGAUGUUGCAGAACGUUCUCUGCGGCCUCGCCGACUCGCUAUACCGACACUUCCCAGCCGAGGCAGCAUUGUCACUCAUUCCACCACCAGACAGACUUCGCAUCAUCGACGUCGACAGCGCAUUACACCUCGCAAAGUCCCUACGCUGGGCAAAUUCCAUAUCCCAGAACCUUCCUCUCGUCCCCCUCCGCCUACACACCCCGCUGCAAAUCUCCAUCGGCCCAUGGUACAGAAUCCUCCGCAACAUUUCCUUCCAACACCCACACUCCCCACAUAUUGAUCUCCUGUCCGAGACCGCCUUCGAACUUUCCCGCGCCGCACGAAUGAAAGCCUGGAUAAUCGCACAAUGCAAUCUCAUCCACACCCAAUGGGACGUCUCUAUCGUAGAAGAGUCUCCCCUCCUCGAAGCCCUUGACGCCAUGGCCGGCGAGCCCAUCCCAGACUGGCUCCCUAUACGCGUGCGCUUCGAAGCUGAGGAUGGCGAAAUGGUCAUGAAGCUCGACUACGAGAAUAAAACCGGGAGCUACUCUGAACGCUACGACGUCAGUGAGCCAUCGCCCAGGGAACGCAUGCCGCAUCCUGGUAUACCGGGGCAGGAGUGGCAGAGGCAGAACAUCGGCGUUCAGUCACUGCCUUUCCGAGAAGAUCGUGGUGGUGGUGGUCACGGCGCGGGCUUUGAUAAGCGUGGCAAGAAUGCUUGUCUAGCACCGAGUUGGAGUCCCAGGGCGGUGGAUGUCUUGCAUAGUACUGGUAGGAAUCUCUGCUCCACGUCUGGGUGGUGGCCGGACAAUGAGAGGACGGGUACAGUGUUGUUGGAUAGUACGCAUAAGGUCUCGGUCUUCUCGAGGGUAGAGGAUACUGGUGCUGGGGGUGGUGUUGUAUUCGGCAAUGGAGGACAGAGGCAUGGGUAG